AUCAGUCCAAAACAUCGUUUGAGCUCACAAAUACAAAAGCUGAACAGCCAAAAGCAACAACCAAAUCCUAUUCAAGUCAAUAUACCAUUACAAUGAGCUUCGAAGAUAAUUCCGAACAAAUCAGUGUCUCCUCUGGCGCGUCUUUCCAAAUUCAAUUGAUGAGAUGUGGUUUCCUUCCGCAAAACUCGAUCAGUUCAUUCGAUGUCAAGGACUUGAAAGAUCUGGACCUCAACGACGAGAGUCUAGGAGACAAUCACCCUGCCGAAGAGGACCACAGCCCAAAGAGCCGCAGUUCGACAGGAUCCGCCAGAAUUCGUAGCAUGUCACCAGUUCCUGCUAGCAACAACAAGAGGCGCGGUGGCCUUCGUGCUACCUUGUCGUUUCGUUUGAGCCGUCGCAACCUGUUGGAUUCGUCCAACGACGACCUGGAGUCAGCUUCCCUCCACCAUCGAGAGCCCAGAGGUUCGAAGAAAUCCAGAGAGCUUCCUGCUCGGAGAGGUGUUCAGCGCACCUAUUCUGCUUCCAAAGCAACCCCUGCCAGGCAGGGAUCCCUGUAAGCAAGGAUCACGCACGGAUGAGGGCAAAGCAACGAGCAGCGAGCUUGGAGCGCCAAGCGACGAAACUGAAGGUCAUAGACAAAACAAAUAGACUGCAUGUGUUUUAUAGUAUCAAUUUUCUACGGAGCACUUGGUGGCAUUCUCAAGUACGUAGCCAAGUCACCAGUAUGCAUGGAGUUGAGAUGCGUUGGAAACGAAAAGCUCCU